AUGAACACAGCAUUGUUGGAGCCAGACGUGCCCAAGGAAAUUCCACAGAAGAUCCAGAAAGAAAAAGAGAAACAGCGCAAGUACUACAACAGACAGGCAAAGGAUUUGCCACGUCUCCAAGUAGGAGACACUGUAAGAUGCCAACCGUUCACCGCAACAACAAACCACUGGAAGCGUGGAAAGGUGAUAGCGGAAGUCGGCAAGAGAUCAUACGAAGUACAAACCGACGACGGAGGAAAGUAUCGUCGCAAUAGAAAGCACCUCCGUCAAACCAGAGAAACAACUCCUGAUGUGGACAACAUGGAGACAGAGAACAACCUUCCAAGUCCAACAACAACAACGACGACAACACCACCAGCAGAGACAGCAGUGAAAGACGACACAGCUGGACAACAGAUGACAACACGGUCCGGACGAGCAGUUCGACCUCCAGUGCAUCUGAAGGACUUCGUAAAGUAAUGCAUGCAUGAGAAGACAGAUAUAUUAUAGAUUUAGAGCAAGCAUGUUAACUUACUAAUACCCGCGAGGAGCCCAUGGACCAUGUCAAGAACAGGAAGGACUCUAGUUUGCAUAGCAACUGAGAUUGCAAAGGACAUGUGAUCGAGAACAAAGAAAGACUCUAAGUAUGAUAUGAGAGAAAACAUCAUAGCUUUGUGUAAGAGAAAAGAUCUUGGAAAAGGGGAUGUGACAAGUGUUUAAUAGUAAUGAGCUCUAGGGUUAAUAUUCAUGAGCUAGACACUAACACGCAUGCGUAGCGUCAGUAGACGGUUAGAGGAACCUGAAGAGAGAUACCUCCACAAGGCACAGAGGCUCUUGUGGAAGAUUGAAUAAACCGUAAGCAGUACCUCAUCGGGCCUGAGUUCUCAUUCCAGAAGACCACACCUGAUAGAUCUGGAUACAGAGAUCAGUGA